AAAUUGAAAUGAAGUCACUUCAUUUGGUUUUUGAUGCCAUCAUCUAUGAUCGAAGCCCUGAUUUUGGCUUUCCUCCCUCUCUCUCUCUCUCUCUCUCUCACUCUCUCUCACACGCCCACACAAACGAAUUUCUUUUCAACCUUUUUAGGCAAAAACUCACAGACUGAAUAUAGUGUUGAAGAGUCUGCCUUCAUCUAUAAAAGGAAGGCAAAUCGGUAGUAGAAAUGGCCAGAGAGAAGAUCAAGAUCAAGAAGAUUGACAACGUGACGGCCAGGCAAGUGACUUUCUCUAAGAGAAGGAGAGGGCUUUUCAAGAAAGCACAAGAGCUUUCAGUUAUGUGUGAUGCUGAGGUUGCUCUCAUCAUUUUCUCGGCUACUGGCAAGCUGUUUGAGUUUGCUAGCUCCAGCAUGAGGGAUAUAUUGGGAAGGUAUAAUCUGCAAUCCAACAAUCUCAGCAAAUUGGAUCAACCAACUCUUCAACUGCAGCUGGAAAACAGUAAUCACGUAGGAUUGAGCAAAGAAAUUGCUGAUAAGAGCCUUCAACUAAGGCAGAUGAGAGGAGAAGAUCUUCAAGGAUUGAACAUAGAUCAAUUGCAGCAACUAGAGAAAAUGCUUGAAUCAGGACUUACACGCAUUCUCGAGACUAAGGGUGAACGUAUUAUGAAUGAGAUCUCUUCACUUGAAAAAAGGGGAGCACAGUUGCUGGAAGAAAAUAAGCAACUUAAAAUGAAACUGGUGUCAUUGUGUAAGGGAAAAAGACCUGUCUUAGCAUAUUCAGAUGUUGGAGUUCAGGAAGAAGGCAUGUCAUCAGAGUCUGUCACUAAUGUUUGUAGCUUCAGCAGCGGCCCUCCAGUGGAAGAUGAUAGCUCAGAUACUUCUCUCAAAUUAGGGCUUCCCUUCUCUUAGCUGGAACACAUGAGAGGAGAUGAAGUAAAUUCUUGCAAGAAAUAAAGCUGAACACUUGCAAGAUAUGUUCCUGUCAUAUGUGUUAGGUGAAAUGCAAAUUGAAACAUAUAAUAUAAUAUUGGAAGUUGGUGAUUUAUCUUGAAUUGCUUUAAACCUUGUUGUGGGUAGCACUGUUAUUACCCUUUUAAUUUGGAUGUUUUUUUCCAACUUAUUCUGAAGAAAACAAGUUUUUAACUUGUGUGCUGCUAGGACACUAGGGUUCUACGGUUCUGUUUAUUAAUUGAUAAUAACUAGUAAUCUAUGUAUCUACCUUCCUUUCGUUUCUGGAUAAUAUG